AUGGAACUUGAUUUUGGACAUUUUGACGAAAGAGAUAAGGCAUCCAGGAACAUGCGAGGCUCACGGAUGAAUGGGCUGCCUAGCCCCACUCACAGCGCCCAUUGUAGCUUCUACCGAACCAGAACCUUGCAGGCACUGAGCAAUGAGAAGAAAGCCAAGAAGGUACGUUUCUACCGCAAUGGGGACCGCUACUUCAAGGGGAUUGUGUACGCUGUGUCCUCUGACCGUUUUCGCAGCUUUGAUGCAUUGCUGGCUGACCUGACUCGAUCUCUGUCUGACAACAUCAACCUGCCUCAGGGAGUGCGUUACAUUUACACCAUUGAUGGAUCCAGGAAAAUCGGAAGCAUGGAUGAACUGGAGGAAGGGGAAAGCUAUGUUUGUUCCUCAGACAACUUCUUUAAAAAGGUGGAGUACACCAAGAAUGUCAAUCCCAACUGGUCUGUCAAUGUGAAGACAUCUGCCAACAUGAAAGCCCCCCAGUCCCUGGCUAGCAGCAACAGUGCCCAGGCCAGGGAGAACAAAGACUUUGUGCGCCCCAAGCUGGUGACCAUCAUCCGCAGUGGAGUGAAACCUCGGAAAGCUGUGCGUGUGCUUCUGAACAAGAAGACGGCCCACUCUUUUGAGCAAGUCCUCACUGAUAUCACUGAAGCCAUCAAACUAGAGACUGGGGUUGUCAAAAAACUCUACACUCUGGAUGGAAAACAGGUAACCUGUCUCCAUGAUUUCUUUGGUGAUGACGAUGUAUUUAUUGCCUGUGGUCCUGAAAAAUUUCGCUAUGCUCAGGAUGACUUUUCUCUGGAUGAAAAUGAAUGCCGAGUCAUGAAAGGAAACCCUUCAGCCACAGCUGGCCCCAAGGCAUCCCCAACGCCUCUGAAGAGUUCAGCCAAGAGCCCUGGCCCCAUGCGCCGGAGCAAGUCUCCAGCUGACUCAGGUAACGACCAAGACGCAAAUGGAACCUCCAGCAGCCAGCUCUCUACCCCCAAGUCUAAGCAGUCUCCCAUCUCUACACCUACCAGUCCUGGCAGCCUCCGGAAGCACAAGGACCUGUACCUGCCUCUGUCUUUGGAUGACUCAGACUCACUUGGUGAUUCUAUGUGA